AUGGCUUCUUUCCUUCAUCAUCUUCUUCUUCUUCUUCUUCUUCUUCCCUUCUUCAUCAACCCCCAUUUCUGCACUGCAAACAUCACCUUAAGCUCAUCACUAACAGCUGAUGAUGGAACCAACUCCAUAUGGGCAUCACCAUCUGGAGACUUCGCUAUCGGGUUCACCCAACUCAACAACCUCUUCCUGCUGUCAAUCUGGUUCAACAAGAUCCCCAGCAGAACAGUCGUCUGGUCAGCUAACCCUCAAAACCCGGUCCCCAAAGGUUCGAAAGUCCAGCUCAGCUCGAGCAGCCUCGGCCUAACCGAUCCAGACGGGCGAUUGGUUUGGGAAGCAAAACCCGCUGUUGGUUCAUCACCCAUAUCCUAUGCUUCCAUGCUCGACUCAGGAAAUUUCGUCCUUGUAAGUAACACUUCCACUUCUCCUGAUGCUGGCUACUUAUGGGAAAGCUUCAGAAAUCCUACAGAUACCAUAUUACCAAACCAAACCCUGAACUUGGGAACCACUCUAUAUGCCAAGCUGACGGAAACAAACUUCUCAAAGGGAAGAUUCGCACUUCGAUUCUCCAAUGGAAGCCUCGAUCUUCUCCCUGUAGCCCGCCCCGGAGAUUCCUUCUACGAUCGUUACUACACCAGUGGUACUUACAGCUCAAAUCCUUCAGAAACGGGAAACCGUCUGGUCUUCAAUGGGACAGCGCAGAUUUAUAUUGUCAAGGGAAGCGGUGACGUGGCUCCGCUUCGCAGCUGGGAUUUCGUGACCUACAGACAGGACUCUUAUUACAGAGCUACCCUGGAUUACAAUGGUCUCUUCACUGAAUACUCCCAUCCAAGGAAUUUCAAUGCCGGUGGUCAGAAUCCUUCAUGGCUGCCUGUUCAAUCAGUGCCUGACAACAUCUGCCUGGCUUUCUUCCAUGAGUACGGCGGUGGGCCGUGUGGGUUCAAUGGAAUCUGCUCGAUCGGGGACUCGAGCCGGCCUUCCUGCUCGUGUCCUCCUGGCUACGCGUCUGCAGAUCCUGCAGACGCAUUGGCCGGAUGCAGACCGACAUUCCCUCAGGGGUGCGGAUUCGGGGUCCUCGACAAUAAUGUCGAGGAUCCCCGACAGGUUUACGAGAUCAGGAAGGUCGACGGGGUCGACUUCCCGUUGAACGACUACGAGAAGCUGCAGCUUGACGACGAGUCCGUUUGCGAGGAUUCGUGUAUGAGGGACUGUGCUUGUGGGGUAGCGGUGUACGAUGGAAUUCGGUGUUGGAAGAAGAGGUUGCCGCUGUCGAAUGGGAGGGUAUGGAACAAUACUUUGGUUAGGGUUAUGUUCAAGGUUAGGAAAGAUGGAGUUACUACUACUACUUCAGGGUUUCCUGAAGCGGGAGGGAGUGAUGGGGGUAGAAGUAAGAAAGGUGUGUUGAGAGCAUUGUUAGGGAGUUCUGUGGCGAUUAAUGGAGUGAUGUUGUUGUUUGGUUUAGGGUUUCUGAUGAGAUUGAAGAAAAGGAGAGUGGAGUGGGUGAGGGAAGGAGGAGGAGGAGGGGGGAUGGAGAUGAGUGGUACUCUGCGUUCCUUCAGCUACAAGGAACUGGAAGAAGCCACAGAUGGGUUUAGGGAAGAGCUUGGGAGAGGGUCGUUUGGGAUUGUGUACAAAGGUGUAUUGAGAUCCGGAGGUGGUGGUUCAUCUGGGGUUGCCGUGGCUGUCAAGAAAUUGGACAAGCUGGCUCCAGAGAGGGAGAGAGAGUUCAAGACCGAGGUGAAUGCGAUUGGGAGAACCCAUCACAAGAACCUGGUGACCUUGCUAGGAUACUGUGACCAAGCCUCCCACCGGCUCCUGAUCUACGAGUACAUGAGCAAUGGCACGUUGGCAGGGUUCCUGUUCGCCCUCCCCAGACUCGAGUGGCACCAUCGUGCACGGAUCGCCCUGGGGAUAGCUCGGGGGCUCGUGUACCUCCAUGAGGAGUGUCAGGUGCCCAUAAUCCACUGCGACAUCAAGCCCCACAACAUCUUGCUUGACGAUGGCAUGACAGCUAGGAUCUCGGAUUUCGGGCUGGCCAAACUGUUGUUGUCUGAUCACACGAGGACCAAGACCGUGAUCCGGGGAACUAGAGGGUACGUGGCCCCCGAGUGGUUCAAGAACGUGGCGAUCACUGCCAAGGUCGACGUCUACAGCUUUGGGGUCAUGCUGCUCGAGAUAGUGUGUUGCAGGAAGAGCGUUGAGAUGGAGAUGGAGGAAAGUGGGGAGGAAGAGAAGGCCAUACUGACGGACUGGGCAUACGAUUGCUAUGCCGGAGGCAGGAUGGAUCUGUUGGUGGGGAAAGAAGAGGCGGCGGUGAUGGAGGAUGGUGGGAGGUUGAAGAAGUGGGUGAUGAUUGCAUUGUGGUGUAUUCAGGAGGAUCCCUUGGUUAGGCCUACAAUGAAGAGAGUGGUGGAAAUGAUGGAAGGUUAUGUUGAGGUUCCAUUGUUGCCGUUUCCUUCAAGUUGUUCGAUGUUGGGUGGUCAUGGUUCUAGUGUUGGAGGGGAUUCUAGCUGGGGUUGA